AUGGAUCAAUACUACACACCGGAGUACUCUCAGCUGGACCAACCGCUAGAAGUCUACCUCUCCGCAGUGGGAGAUGCUACCUCGCGAGCCGAAGCUAGAAAGCUGGCGAGGCUCAUAAAUACCACAUGCAACACCUGUACCACCCAAAAUGUCCAGGUCGGUAAAGAUAUCUGCUUCUCCCGGAAGCCUGCAACAAGAACGUGAUGCUUACUUUCAUCCGCCCGUGUAGUAUUGCAAGAAUAGCAUCAUCAACGACGUCUUACCGUCAGCACCAAAGACUGUGGCCACAUUCGACUACAUGACAGCAUUGGGCAGGAAAUCUGCGCCAAGAUCCGCCGACGGCAGUAAUAUUGCCAAUGCGCUGGGGCACGAAAGUGCUGACGAGGGACAAAUCGCAGGCGAGCCCUUGCCAGCUUACAGGCGUCUUCAUAUUCUCUAUGUGGUCCACGAUGUCUUGGAGACCUUGCUUGAAAUGGAUCGGACCAAGCGUGUCCCAACCCAUCUCCGAUUACUGGAUUUCAACGCCCUAAUCGCCACUGUAAAAGCACACAUUUUCAGAUUGUUUCGGGUUGCUGCAUGUCGAGGCCAUGUCAGUGGUGACGAGGUGGGCGAGGAAUUGCUGCGACUCGUGCAACACUGGGCAGGAGGCGUUUUCAAUUCCGAGGAAGUCGAAACGCUUCGAAAUCUUGUUAACUCCAUACCAAACAGAUCUUGGGACACAGUAAGUCUACGACAUCUCGCAAAGUAUUUCUUGUGGGAGAUUCAGUCGAUGCCAGUUACUAACGCUAACAUGGUCAGGUCCUCGAAGAGCUCAAUGCAGAGGAGGCGAGGAGGACCGAAGAAGACAAGGGGGCCCGGGAGGAGAAAUACAAAUGGACAAUACCUUACCGACACGGUGUGAAGGAUGACCCUGAUGCUCCUUGGCACGAGCUACCUGCCGCAAACGGUCUCUACAUGAAGAGUACUCGCGGCUACCCACUCCGCGCUGGCGCCUUUCCCAAAGGUGGCUACCAGCUCAAAAACGGCGGUAGGCACAGAUAUCAUUCUCCAUCACUUUGCAAGUCUCUAACAAUUUUCAGGCCAAGAAGCCGACGAAGAACUGAAGAAAGACAUCAAUUGGCUCCACAAAGAAAUGCUGCAUUGCUUCGACGACCACACCAAUGCCGAUGAGGUGCAGGACAUCGACGCCCUCGGAAACAAAAUUUGGAAAGACCCGGAGCGGCCGACGCGGAACUACUGGGGCUUCACAUACGACGGUAUCGAAAAGACGAGAGAGAACAGCCGGAAGUUCAGGCAGAACGCUACUGGUUACGAUGACAUUGCGUCACUAAGACAAGAUCGCUUGGACGAUGUCGACUCGGCAGUUGCACGGGCUCGAGCGCUCGCAAGUGGGCGUGGAGGUUUUGAUUAUCGCGAUGGCUACGAUAGCUAUGGUGGUCUCGGUCGUGGCCGUGGCCGUGGAGCUCGUGGAGGUUGGCGUGGCCCUCCGAGAGGUGGCGGCGGCGGUUUCCGCGGGAGUAGAGGGGGCGGCGGCGGCGGCGGCGGCGGACGGUACUACUAG